GGCCCGCGGCGUGAGCACCCGACACACCUCGGGGGAUGUGGUGGAACGAGCCGCAGGAAGAUUGUGCCGAGCUUGGUUGGACUCCUGCAUGUCAGAUCUGUGUGACACGGUGAUGGAUCACACUGCCAGAACUGAAGGGACACGUUAUGGGAAACCGCCUGGGGAGUAUAACAAUUCCUCUGUCGUUGCGGUAUAUUUCUGCUGCUACCAUGAUAAGGCAGGGCUCAGAUAGAAAGAGAAAUAAAAGUGUGUCUUAUUUCUGGCCGUAUAAACGGUUGGGACUAGAAGAGGCAGCAUGGGAGCUCCCUAGAUGGAAGGAAUGUAAAGAUUUACAGAAAGCAGAAAAGUUACAAAACCUUUACGAAUACUUAUUAUAACCUUUUUCUACAGCCUCCAUGCAUAAACUGUUAGGAGCAGAUUUGUCCAGUUUUGGGCAAAAUUGUCUGUAAUGGCUUUGCUUCUAACCUCAGGCUCUUUCUCAGGCACUGAAUGGCCUUUCUUCCACCAGUGGCUCCUGUGGUGGCACCUACUAAGUUUUCUCCUGGUUCCCAGCUGAAACACCAGAAGAACAACUUUCAGCAUGGAUUCAUACUUGACAAAGAGGAGAGUUUAAAAGAUCUCUAUGCACGAAAGAACCAAAGAUAUUCCUGUUCUAUGUCUGUAGAAAGCACUCAGGACAAGCCCAGGCGUGGAGGCUUCUGGUCAGGUGGACUAGAGAGCAAGUAUCUCAUCAGCCAGGCCUGUACUCUGUCAGCUAAAUCAUUAGGCCGACAUAAAGAAGGAGUGGACCGUGCAUAUCCCCUGCAACCAAUUUCUCACCAGAAGAGGGCAAGAGCUCCAUUGCUCAACACUGGAAGUUCCCCAUACACGAAGGAAGCUCCAAAUAGUAGAUCAAGCUCAAUAAGCAAAGGGAUGGUUCCAGCAGGGAGGUCUCAAAUAGCUGCAGUGCUCUGCCCCUGGACAGGAGAGCCAGAACCAUCAGCUCCCCAUCUAUGCAGGAGGGAGCUGGCAUACAUCCUAAAGCUGGAGGCAGAUAGAAGGAACAUAGAAGAGGCAAUUCAAAAGAAAAAGGCCCUUCUUGGAGAGAAGCUAAAGAGGACAGAGGAGACACUUAGGAGGAUUCAAAGAGAGAAGGAGCUUAUGAAGGUAGAGGAGAGAAGAGAAAGUGAAGUGGAGAGGACCCAUGAGCAAAAGGCCACAAGGCACCCUGAAGAGAAAAUUUUCAGAGCUGCAGACAGGCCAGGUGUUGGGAUCUUCAGUGGGCCACACUCUGCAGAGAACACUAUUCCCAAGCCUGGCACCACUCCCCACCCCCAAGAGCUGGCUGUGGAGAAACUCAAGGAGUGGUUGGUGGCUGCAAAAUACAACAAAACAAACAACAGCAAAAUACAAGACAACAUAACCAUGGAGCAUUUAGCUUCUCAUUCAAAACUGGCCCCAAAGCAUAGCCUUUCUCUCUCUGGGCUCUCAGGCCCAGAUUCUGUUGACCACCCAUCUGCAGAGAUGCUACACGCACAGGCCUCCAGUGCUGCAGAGCAGGAGGGGUUUGGACAGUGCAGCUUCUGCAAACGUAAGUUUCUCUGCAUGAGGCUUGAGAAACACAUGAGUAUCUGUGGCAAGAACCAAGACUCCAAGAGGAAAGUGUUUGACUCCAGAAAGGCCAGAGCUAGGGGAACAGAACUGGAACAGUAUCAGCAGCGGAAGAUCUCAAGGAGUCCUCAGAGUAAAACACCACCCAGAAAGAACAACUGGAAACAGAAGCACGAGGCUCUCAUCCACAUCAUGUCGCAGGCCCGCCAGGUGCAGCAAACCCUUGCGAAGGGGAGGAAGGUGUCUGACCUGCCCCCACUGCCUCCCAUCGAAAAUCCAGACUAUGUUGCCUGCACCUACUGCGGACGCAAGUUUGCUCCCCAGGUAGCUGAGAGACAUAUUCCCAAAUGCAAAAACAUAAAGAACAGGCCCCCACCUCCACCACAGAGGAGGCGCUGAUGAGGCAGUACCCAACUGUGACUGCCUGCCUGGGUUUUGCCAGAUGCCCAGCUAUAGACAUUUGUGUUUUCUCUAGUCUCAACAUUGGCUGCAAGCUUGUAUGUACAGCAAGUGAACAGCUCAGGAUGAAUAAGCUGAAUAAUGGAGCUUGUAUACUUUGACUUGCACCCUAGGUUGCCCCACAAAAUAUGCCCCUUUCCCCAGCAUAAGAAGCUCAGGAUCAGCACUUCCAGGGGUUAGAAAAGCUGGCAAUAAAAGGCACCUUCUGUUUGAAUCCCUAUGCCAAUUCAUGUGCAUAGAACAACAAGGAUACUCUGCAAUCAGUCAGGCCCUCGAGGCAACAGAACAACCACUGCAAUCAGAUUUAAUAUUUUAAAAAAUGGAGUUUUCUUGCAGGCCAAGUUGCUAGGAACCCCUAAAAAACAAAGCUUGCACCCUUCCUUAAGUCAUCUGCUUAUAUUCAUCUUGGUUGCGGCAAGGGUAGGGAAUUAUGACAAAAACAUAUCCCUUCUUUUGUUUUCUUCUCAAGAUGUUAUUUUUCUAGACUCUGAUUAUUAAAUAUAUUAAACUAGUUCUCUUGUGUAAAAGUUAUUUUAAAUAACUUAACACAGAGUGGUCUGUGUUUAAAUACCAGUCUCGGACUGGUCUCUGUACUCACAGUAAGAAUGACUACUUUGUAUGAGAAAGUUGCAACAAGAAGUGAACAAGGAAUAAAAGAACGUCAGCAGCUCCUUUUACAAGUCCUCUGGUAGCAAAAGCAGCAGCUCAUGGGAACCUAGGGAAAGAUCUAAACCAACUAAAUUAACCUGGAAUAGUCAGAAGCUGAAUAUGAAGAAAUACUCCAGCUUUCAAUGAGUGAACCUGACUCCUGAAAGAGAUUGAAGAACUUCCAUAGAUAUGUCCUAUAGAUACAUGAGCAGAAAUCUCAACCCCUUGGCACAUCCUGGAAAAGCAUGAAGGUCCCAGAAAGGAUCAUUGCUGCACUGUGCCAGCCAACAAUGCAUGUACAAACCUGAAAGAAAAAGCAGACUCAAAAGAAGGGAAAAUAAUUUACUGCAUUCAAACUGAUCGGAGAAACAAAAGCAAUGC